AUGGGCAAAAACGACAAAAAGUCCAAAACUGCGGAGAAAAAGGCCCGUGUAGCCGCUAAACAGUCUAAGAAAUUGGCUCAGAAGGAGAAGAAACUCAAAGCAAAGGGUCAGGCUGAUGACAGCGAUGCUGAAGAUGUUGAUCUGGAUGCUGUUUUGGCAGCAUAUGCAGAAGAACAGGCCAAGUUCCUGAAGGUCACAGAGGUCAGCUGCGGGCCGCCGUCACCACGUUCUUCCUCUACCUUGAUUGCAUCGCCAGCAAGGCGAAGAGAAUUUUCCUCUCCAAAACAAGGAACCUUUUAUCAUUAUAAUGAUUUCUGGCACCUAGAUCCAUCGUCUAGGGAAUGGAGUAGGAUUGAAACAAAGACCAAAGGGCCUCCUGCACGGAGCGGGCAUAGAAUGACUUAUUUCAAGAAUUAUAUACUAUUAUUUGGCGGUUUCCAGGAUACUUCCCACCAGACAAAGUACCUUCAGGAUUUGUGGAUAUAUGACUGUCAAAAGUAUACGUGGCAUAACGUUACUCUUCCUCCAGCGUCCCAAAAGCCAGAUGCUAGAUCCUCAUUUUCAUUUCUUCCACAUGAAUUCGGCGCGGUACUUUACGGAGGAUAUUCUCGAGUAAAGAUGAGUGCCGCAGCCAACAAGCAACAGAAAGGGGGAGCGCAGCGUAUGAUCCUCAAGCCAAUUGUUCACCAAGACACCUGGUUCUUACGAAUUACCCCACCCCCAUCUGAUGCUCCCUCCACUGCAAUGCCUACGGUCCGAUGGGAGCGGCGGAAGAAACCGGCUAAUCCUCCGAACCCUCUCCGGGCGGGUGCAACUAUGGCAUUCCACAAGGGAAGAGGAAUUAUGUUUGGCGGCGUCCACGACGUCGAGGCAACCGAAGAUGGGAUUGAAAGUGAAUUUUUCGACAGUCUUCACGCAUGGAACACUGACCGAAACCGAUUUUUCCAAUUGGCUCUUCGUCGGCCGCGUGCAACAGGCAAGAAGCAGCAGGCUGCUAUGAAGACCGAAAAGCGGAGCCGGGGUAAAGCAGAUGAAGAGGACCUACUGCGCAACCUCGCGCUCGUUGAAACUAGGGCCGUAGAGUCGCAGCCGAUGGACAUCGACUCUCCAGAAAAUGAGGACGAGGAUAACGGAGAGGAACAAAACUUGACAGUUCGCUUUGAAAUGCCGCACCGGAGGUUCAAUUCCCAAUUAGCGGUGCUGGAUGAUACACUGUUUAUUUUUGGUGGCACCUUUGAAAGAGGAGAUCAGGAAUUUACAUUUAACGACAUGUAUUCUAUUGAUCUAGUGAAACUGGAUGGCGUAAAGGAGAUAUUCUACAACGAGCCUGAACAUUGGAAUGAUGCCAUUCCAAUCGACACUGAUGAAGAGGACGCGGAAGAGGAGGAAUCAGACGACGGAGAACAUGAGGAUAUAGAGAUGGAGUCGGUAGAAGUAGCAUCAACCGCAGCAACAAGCGUCACGGAACCUGCGCAGAUGGAAACAGAGGUCGAACAAGAAUCAGAAACCCCUGCCCAGGAUUCUCGACCGCAUCCCCGACCUUUUGAGUCUCUGAGAGAUUUCUUCAGCAGGACUUCCUCGGAAUGGCAGGAUAUUCUAAUAUGUAAAAUGAACACUGCUAAAUCUGGAUCAGAAAUGAGCAUAAAGGAGCUUCGAAAGGAAGCGUUUCCUCUUGCUGAAGAGAGAUGGUGGGAUUGUAGAGAAGAAAUCACAGCUCUGGAAGACGAACAAGAAGAGGCUGGCAUUGGGGAGGUCGUCAGUAUGGCCGAUAGAAGUGACGUUCCAACGGCAGGACGUCGGAGAUAA